AUGAAGAAGGGACAGGUGGGGCCAAGGUGUUGGCCAGGUCAGCAUGGUUUAGGUUUGUUAUUUUUGUCCGGGAGCGGACCACACGACUCUUUUCUGGUGAGUCUGCUGGUCACAGACAGCGAUAGCCUGCCGGCGAACGAGGCAGUUUUUGCUGUUCAUGCUAUGAAAAACGCCAAAUAUGAGACACAAUUCCAAGAGGACUUUAGUGGAGAGGUUGUUGGUCGGAGAACUGUUUUCGGAGGUUGUUCUCGACUUCUGCCAGCUAAGAAAUCCAGAAACCUGUCAAGAAAAACUUCUUGA